AGUUUUAAGAGGUCAACCUUAUACUUUAGCUAGUGAUAUUUAUAGCUUUUCUAUGAUUAUGUGUGAAUUAAUAUUUGGAAUUCCUCCAUUUAAUAAUAAAGCUCAUAAUCUUCAAUUAUGUUUAAAUAUUUGUAAAGGUAAACGUUCUAAAGAUAUUAAAAAUAUUCCAAAAUGUUUUACAAAUUUAAUGAAAAAGUGUUAA